CUCAGCGGCGGCGACCGAGAGGGUCCGGUCCUUCCUGGCGUGCGCCGCGGCUCUGACCCGGUCUUGAACAGGUCGAGGACUGAGAUGGCUGAUGCUAGUGCUGGCGGAGCGUCGGGGUCCGAGGCCGGGAAGGCUCCGGUGGCGCAGCGGAUUGAUCCGGCGCGAGAGAAACUGAGCCCGGCCCAGUUGCACUUUAUGCGGCAGGUGGAGCUUUCCCAGUGGCAGAAAACGCUUCCGCAGCGGCGGGGCCGGAAUAUCCUGACCGGCCUGAGCAUCGGGGCCUUGGUGUUGGCCAUUUAUGGCUAUACCUUCUACUCAGUGUCCCAGGAGCGGUUCCUAGAUGAUUUGGAAGACCAGGCCAAAGCUGCUAGAGUGAAAGCUGCUGGGGGCAACAGCCCCUGAACCCCAAGUGGGUGCUCAAACUCCCUCCACCCUGGAUGGAACUUCUUCAAAAUGAGGAUGGACGCCUCCACUUUCUGUACUUCCCCUCCCCUCCAAGAAAAAGACUCCUACUGGGAUAAGGAGUGUUUUGGCCAGCCUGACCCUGGGAUGUUGUUUGGUUAUGGAGUUCCACCCUACUUUGGGAAUUGUGUAUCCAGCCAGUUUGAUAGAAACACCUAUUCCUUCUCCCUCCCUCCCCUCUCCCCUGCCGAAAAAGGAAAUCGAGCCUCUGUCACAAUAGGGAGGAGCCACGACUGAGCCACCCCCAACUUUUUUAGUAGCACCUUAUUUGUAUCUUCAUAGCUUCUUCCUGUCGUAGAGAUUUAAAGCCAUCGUUGGGGGGCCAGUAUGGUACCUCUUCUCUUUGUUGAAACCUGAUGUGGCAAUGAUGGUGGUCGAGUUGAGUUGAUUGACAAUAAAGUGGAUCAUCCGGUCUAGAA